AUGUCGCUGCCUACUUUGCAGGCAGUUCAGGCGGAGAAUGAGCCUGCAGGAGAGAAGGGCGAAACCAGCGUGCCGAUUCAAGACCCGAACCAUGAAAAAGACGACAUACUCGUGGGCUGGGACGGCGAGCGUGACCCAGAAAACCCUCAAAACUGGUCGAUGGCCUUAAAAUCCGCGGUUACCUUCCAGCUGAGUCUGUUGGCCUUUGCUGCCAGCCUGGCCUCGAGCAUCAUUGCCCCAACCAACCGGACGCUUGCUGAGUACCUUGGGGUCGGCGAGACUGUCGUGGUGCUGAAUAUCUCCCUCUAUAUUAUCGGCUUCGCGUUCGGCCCUCUUCUAUGGGCUCCCAUGUCAGAAAUUUGGGGCCGCCGGAUAUCCAUGCUGCCGGCGAUGACGUGCUUGGCCAUCUUCUCGAUCGGAACGGCGACCAGCAAAAACGCCCAGUCCGUUUUUGUCACCCGUUUCUUUGGAGGUCUGUUCGGCUCGGCUGCUGUCAGCAACGUUAAUGCUGCGUUGGGAGACAUCUGGUCUCGCGAGGCGCGAGGGACCGCUGUUACACUCUAUGCCGUCUGUGUCGUUGGAGGUCCUACGUUAGGUCCAACCACGGGAGCCGCUAUCCUAGUCAACCGCCAUCUUGGAUGGCGAUGGACAGAGUACAUCAUAGCCAUCAUCAACAUUGCCGUGGUCGUGUUGACUUACUUCUGCAUGCCCGAAAUGUACCCACCGGUGCUGCUGAAACGCAAGGCCCAGAGGCUACGCAAGGAGACGGGCAACGAGAAGCUCUACCAUCCCCAUGAGAGACUCAAGCUGGAUGUCAAGUCUAUCAUUACCAAGCAGCUGUCGCGGCCGUUACUGAUGCUGUGUUUCGAGCCCAUGGUCACCUGCAUCGCCUUCUAUGCAUCCUUUGUCUAUGCCAUCCUCUAUCUUACUCUUGAAGUCUUUCCCAUCGUUUUUCAGGAGGAGCGCGGCUACGGUCCGGUCGACGGCUCUCUACCGUUCCUUGGCCUGUUCAUCGGAGUGCUUUGCGCCAUGGCGAUCAACCUAGGGAACCAACCCCGGUAUAUCCGCAAAUGUCGCGCUGCGCACGGCAAGCCUGUUCCGGAAGCGAGGCUUCCACCGUUGGCCAUUGGGGCCGUAUUGAUGGUGGCCGGUCUCUUUUGGUUCGGAUGGACGGCUGCUCCAAAGUACUCAUGGGCGCUCCCUUGUGUUGCCGCCGUUUUCAUCGGCGCAGGGUUCAACACCAUCUUCCAGCAAUGCAUCAACUACCUCGUCGACGUGUACGGUCUCUAUGCCGCCAGCGCCACAGCGGCCAACACGUUUCUUCGUAGUAUUCUGGCCGCGGGUCUCCCUCUCGCCGCACGACCUAUGUUCCACUCUCUGGGCGUUGGCCCAGCCAUGUCCAUUCUUGGUGCUGUUGCAGCUGCCAUGCUUCCCGUACCGUUCCUCUUGAUGAAAUACAGCCUGCCUCUCCGGAAACGAUCAACCUUUGCUCCGGUGCCGGAUGAUUGA